AUGAUCAUUAACAUCAGCACUAAUGACUGCCAAUGGGUGACUGAGAGCUUUGACUACACUACAAAUAACAUGUGCUCUACCGGAUGCUGCUCCGUCGUGAAGAGCAAAACGGUGUGCUGCAGCCAGCCGUGCCAGAAGACUGUCUGCUGCGACCCAUGCCAGAAGACCGUCUGCUGCAGCCCAUGCCAGCAGUCCAUCUGCUGCGACCCAUGCCAGAAGCCCUGCUGUGACCCAUGCCAGCAGUCAGUCUGCUGCGACCCGUGCCAGAAGCCCUGCUGUGACCCAUGCCAGCAGUCAGUCUGCUGCAACCCAUGCCAGCAGUCGGUCUGCUGCGACCCUUGCCAGAAGCCCUGCUGUGACCCAUGCCAGCAGUCAGUCUGCUGCGACCCAUGCCAGCAGUCGGUCUGCUGCGACCCAUGCCAGCAGUCGGAAGCCAUCUAUCAUUUCCUGUAUUGUCUAGUUGGGGAUCAGUUUUGA